AUGAUCCGAGCCAUUUUCUUCGCCACGGCCUUCAUCGGCGCCGCAGCGGACUUAGUCCAACGUCUGAACAUGACGGGCAAGUUGAUGUGUUUUUCGAAACCUGCCUGGGCCUCCUGGAUCCUUCUUAUCGACAAUGACGGUUCGUACCGACCUUCUCAUCUCAUCGGAAGACUCCUUCUAGUGUUCAUCGACGAGGUCAUCGACAACACGGUGGCCGACGCCAUUGGCCGCUUCAAACUCUCCGGCUGGGCUUCGGACCCCGACGGCUCUAUCGAACCGGCUCUCAUCGUCCAGCACUCGUGUGGAAUUCACGGAGAGGUGAAGCCAAGAAAAGUUCCGAACUGAAACUUGUCUUUAGGAGUACGACAUAUCGGCGCCUUACACAACGAUAGUCCGACUGCCUCUCACGCUGUUCGACGGCACCACGCAGAACAUCACGAUCGACCUGGAUCAACACCGACGACGUUACCGGACCACCUUCGAGAGCCUCUGCUCCUCGCUGAACAGCAUGCGGAUCAACAUCUCCAAGGUCUUCGAUCGCCAGAUGCGGCAGUUGUUUGGCGCCAAGGACAUGUGA